CCACUUUUCCACGGAGCGCGGAGAAAGCUGCGGAGUCUCUGUUGGUGCAGCAGCGACGGCUCUUACCCUGCAAAUUAUUCGGAGCCUCGGUAAUCGCCACCUUCUCGUAGAGGAAAAAAGACACCAAAUUUGGUCCCGGGAGUGGGGGCACAAGCCACGUGACCAGUCCCGGUCAUGUGAUCCGGGGCCGCGGCUGCUGAGGUAUGUUACCCUGGUAACUGUUGGCUCCCGCAGACCUUCGGGAUAGCGCGGAAUUCAGAGACUGAGUGUUUCCAAUGUUAUAAAUACUUUCGGAUGUUUACUUUCGUAAGUGAAGAUUUUUGAUUAUGGCUCAUUAUUCCAAAGAAGAGCUGGAUGAAGAGUUUGAACAAUUCAUGAAAGAGCUUUCAGAUGAUUCUUUUGAGAAUUCAAACAAAACACCUAGACAACCUAAAAGAGAAGUGAAAAAGAAGGAUGCAGUGCCAUGGUGGAUAACUGAAGAUGAUUUUGAAGAUGGUGGACUGCUUGAAACAAAUGUAAGCUAUCUGAAAGCAAAGAAGCCUUCUCAGCCUAUUAUGGAAGUAGAAGAGGAGUCUGCUGAAAGGAUUCAGUUUCUGCAGAGCAGUGGAACCUCCAUCUUAAGUAUUGACAGCUUAGAAACAAAUGAGAUAGUAGUUUCUGAACUCAAUCAUAGUGUUCUUGGAUUGGGAUUGGACACAUUAGAAGAACAAGAAGAAAAAGAGCAAUUUUUUGCCAGGCUUGAGGAAGGCUUAACGUCUUCCAUUGACUAUUCAAGAUUAAAUAAGGAACUGGAUUCCAAUGAUUCUACACAAUUUAAAGCUUUACAUAGUAACCAAGAUAAUGUAGAUCUAAGUGAAGAUAAACAUGAGAAUGAAUCGAAACAUGAACUGGCAGAAAAUUACAGUGAUGAUUUUGAAGGUGAGGAGGAUAUUGAUGCACCUUUGGCGACUCAAGAAGAGACUAAUACCAAGGAAAAUCCCAAAUCUGAAAAACUACAUAUACCCAAACAGGAAGAAGAGAAAACUGGCAUGCUGGCUAAUGUGGUGCUUCUUGAUUCCUUAGACUCUGUUGCAGAUGUCAACCUUGAUGAACAAGAUCGAGCAGCUAAGCCAGAGGCCCUGCCAGAAAUGGCUGAUAAUGAAAUGACAGGAACAGGUAAAGGUGUUUCUUACAGACAAAGCAAUAGUGACAUUGAAGCUCUCCAUCAGGCUUAUUGUCAUGUAGCCCAUUCUUUGGGAGAUGCAGAUGAGCAAAGAACUGAGAGUAAUGCCAUGGAAAAUAUCAAGAGUUCAGUGAAAGAUUAUCCUCAAGAAAAUGAAGAGUCCCUUAAAAACAUCUCUACUACAGAAUCUGAUCUGCCCACGGUAGAGGAGCUGAUGAAACCUAUCCGAAUAGAUUCUUUUGGUGGCAGUGGUUUUGAUUUACAACCUGUCAGCUAUAAGAAACUGGCUGAUAGAAAAGAAACUGGAUUUGUUAGCCCUUUACCCCUUAAGAUGAACCCAAAUAUUAUCUCUCAAGAGCCACGAAAUGCAAACCAAUUUUUUGACAGAAAUGAAGAGAAUGUGGUUUUACAAAAGACAACAAAUAAAAGUAUAGAAAAUGGCCAUCCAGGAGUAAAUACUACAGAAGAACAUAUAGAUAAAAUGUAUCUUGAUAUUUUGAGGAAAAAACUAUCUGUUGGUCCUUCGCUAUUGCUUCAGGAAGACAAAAUAAAUAAAAAUUUUAGACAACUCACCUCUGGAGAAGAAGGGGCUAUAACUGGUAAACAGGUGCCAUACAAGAAGGCCAAAAGUGCACCUCCAUUACUUAAGAGGAAACCCCAGAGUGGAUUAUAUUCAUCAGUUAGGAGCUCAGGCUAUGGCCAACCCAGUUCACCAUUCAAGACUUUCUCUACUCUUGAAAAGAAAACUUCAAAGGACAUUAUGAAAAGCAAAAACUUGAGAUCUAUUCCCACUUCAAAUCAAGCUAGGAAAAAAGAAAUCUUUUCUGGAACAAAAGUCAUCAAGCCUGCAGCUUUGGGUAAAGCAGCUUCCAAAACUGAAAGUUGCCUGGCUACUCCUAAGAAGGCCGAAGAUUCUAUAGAAACGGAUUACUGUCUUCAGUUUCAGAAUGAUUCUUCAGGAUACCGUGGUGAGAACAAGGAGACCGAGUUUAUUAUGUUUAAAAGAGUUCAGGAAGCAGAGGAAAAAUGGAGGGGUGCACAAGCCCUAAUUGAGCAAAUUAAAGUUACAUUCUCAGAAAAAGAGAGAGAGCUGGAAAAUAAGAUGGAAGAACUAAAGAGACAACAGGAAAAGGAACUCUUCAAACUGAACCAAGACAAUUACAUUCUUCAAGCCAAGUUAAGUAGCUUUGAAGAAACAAACAAAAAGCAAAGAUGGUUACAUUUUGGAGAAACAACUGAUCCUGUCACUGAAGAAAAAUUGAAGGAAAUUCAAAAAGAAAUACAGGAACAAGAGACACUUCUUCAAGGAUAUCAACAGGAAAAUGAAAGAUUGUAUAAUCAAGUGAAAGAUCUCCAAGAACAAAACAAGAAAAAUGAGGAGCGAAUGUUCAAGGAAAACCAGAAUUUAUUCAGUGAGUUAGCUUCCUUAAAAGAACAGAUGCACAGAAGUCGGUUCCUGUCUCAAGUAGCUGAAGAUUCAGAACCCACCAAAACCCAGAAUUUUACAGAUCUGUUAGCAGAACUACGGGCGACACAGAAAGAAAAAAACAGUUUAUUGGAAGACAUCAAAAGACUGAAGCAAGACAAACAAGCUCUUGAAGUAGACUUGGAAAAAAUGAAGAAAGAGAGAGACCAAGCCAAAGAUCAGAUUGCUUAUGCAACAGGUGAAAAAUUAUAUGAAAUAAAAAUCUUAGAAGAAACACAUAAGCAAGAAAUCAGUCGUCUACAAAAAAGAUUACAGUGGUAUGCUGAAAAUCAGGAGCUUCUGGAUAAAGAUGCAGUUCGGCUUAAAGAAGCAAAUGAAGAAAUUGAGAAGCUCAAACUUGAGGUUGAGAAGCUGAAAGCUGAGUCUGGAAAUCCAUCUAUUUCACAGAAGAUACGUUUAAAAGAGAAAGCAGCUGAUGCCAAAAAAAUUCAGGAUCUAGAGCGACAAGUUAAGGAAAUGGAAGGAAUUAUAAAGAGAAGAUAUCCCAAUUCUUUACCUGCUUUAAUUUUGGCUGCAUCAGCAGCUGGUGAUACAGUGGACAGAAAUACAGUGGACUUUAUGGAAAAAAGGAUAAAAAAACUAGAGGCUGAUUUGGAAGGCAGAGAUGAAGAAGCAAAGAAAAGCCUUCGGACCAUGGAACAACAGUUCCAGAAAAUGAAGAUUCAGUACGAACAGAGACUGGAGGAGCAAGAGCAGCUACUUGCCUGCAGAUUAAAGGAGGCAUCGCAGAACCAGUCCGACAGCUCCCGCAGGGCCGAAGCACUAGAGAAGGAGCUCGACGACAUCAAGGACGCCCAUCAAAUCACUGUAAGAAAACUUGAAGCCGAAAUAGACACUCUUAAACAUCAAAAUGCCGAAUUGGAACUCAAGAAAAAUGAUAAAGAGGAUAAAGAUUUCCAGUCUAUCGAAUUCCAGAUAGAACAGGCUCAUGCUAAAGCUAAACUGGUGAGGCUUAAUGAGGAGCUGGCUGCGAAGGGGCGAGAAAUACAAGACCUUUCAAAAACCGUGGAAAGGCUUCAAAAGGAGAGAAGGAUGAUGCUGUCUAAUCAGAGCUCUAAGGGUAGAGAGGAAGUGACUGCAAAAAGGGCGAAGAAAGAUGGUUUACGUUCAGGUAAAGGAAGUGCAAACUCAUUCCCUGGAACCCUGGAUGGCAGACUUUACCAACCACAUACUUUCACUGACUCCCAUGUUUCAGAGGUUUUACAAGAAAACUGCAGAUUGAAAAAUGAACUGGAGAGAUUAACUGUGGAGAGGAAUGAGCUGAGGAUGAAAUCUGAAGCUGCAGUGAACCAAUUUGAAAAUUCCAUGAAAAGAGUCAAGGAAGAUACGGCAGCACACAUUGCAUCUCUCAAAGCAUCUCAUCAGAGGGAAGUAGAGAAACUCCUUUGCCAAAAUGCAGUAGAAAAUUCUUCUUCCAAAGUAGCUGAACUAAAUCGUAAAAUAGCAACUCAAGAGGUACUUCUAAAACAUUUCCAAAGUCAAGUUAAUGAGCUGCAGGGUAAACAAGAGUCUCUUGCAGUUUCUCAAGUUCGAGAAGAAAUCCUACAGAAAGAGAUUACAAAACUCCUAGAAGAACUGAGAGAAGCCAGAGAAAACCAUACCCCAGAGAUGAAACAUUUCAUGGGCUUAGAAAAGAAAAUUAAACAGAUGGAAAUGAGACAUCAACAAAGAGAGCAGGAACUUCAACAGAUAAUACAGCAAACACACCAAGUAGUAGAAACUGAGCAAAACAAAGAAAUUGAGAAAUGGAAAAGACUUGCCCAGUUGAAGAAUCGGGAAUUGGACAAGUUCCGCACAGAAUUAGACUCUAUACUAGAUGUUCUUCGAGAGCUGCACCGGCAGGGGGUGGUUGUGCCUGUGGCUUUUGCGGAUGGAGUGAGUGCACCAUAGUAUUACUAGAAGCUGGCAUUUCCCAGGACCUCCUGGAAAGGCCUGAAGAUGGAGGGUGAAUGGGACUGUGCCGCUCUCAGAAGGCGGCUUUUGAAAACAAGUGUUCCAGUGUGUGUCCAGGAAGGAAACAAUGCAAAAGCAACAUUUCACAUUAAAUUGCCCUAAAUCAGUAAGGAAAAAUAUCAAUGCUGUAUUUUACUGAAAAUCAUUAACCAGGCACAUGUUAAGUAAUUUAUGGGCAAGUCCCUUUGUGUCGGAUGAUUAAAACGAGUGAUAUUAGUUGUAAAGGGUCUUAACUUAUGGUCUCGAUGUGGAAAGAAAAAAAUUGUUCAUAUUCUGCCAUUUUUGACUAAGUGUGUAUUCCAAAUCAUUGAUGCCGGAAAAACAGCUCCUCUUUCUCCUUGAAACUUAGAGAAGAAUGUGAGCAUGGAGGUUUGGACAGUCACAGCGGCAGUCCCCUGAGUAGCAGAGCUUCUGCAGUAACUGACAAGAAUUAGAACUUUGUACAGCAAACAGUGAAGGCUCCAUGUUCUCCUGGACUGCCACUUCUUACCUCUGAGUGCCUCAGGUUUGCACCUGAUACAAGGUGCAAAAUAUACUUCACAUGUAAUAGGGAAAUUUGAUUUCUUCAUUGUUUUAAUCUUCUAUGCCUCUGUGUCUUAAAUACUAGUCCUUUUUUAUAAGUCUUAGAUUAUAAAUGGAAUAUAACAUCUUUAUUUAAAAAGUAAUAUAUGUUCAUUAGAAAAAAUGAAAAGCAUGCAUGAAAGUAGCCAGAUUGUUAUUUUUUUACAAUCCCCAUUUCCAAAAGCAGAUUGUGUAUAAAAUAUUGUUAAGUUCAAGCGGUAGCCACCUUGUUUUUAAGCGUUCUAGCCCUGUGCUGUCCUGUAGGAGUAUAAUAUGAGGCACAUGUAAUUUUCAGUUUUCCUAUAGCCGCAUUUAAAAAGAUAAGAGGCAAAUUAAAUUAAUUUGGUUAAUUUAUAUCAUCCAAUUAUCUAAAAUGGCAAUAUAAAACUUGAGUUCUGCAUUUUUUUCCAUACUUAGUCUCCAAAAUCUGGUGUUUUACAUUUAUAGCACAACUUGAUUUGCACUAGCCACAUUCCAAGUGCUCAGGACCAUAUGCUGUUAAGUGCAAUUCUGAAAUAAUAAUAAAGGGUGAAAGACUGUAAAAGACAGGUGAAACAGAUCUUGGUGAAAUUAUGGAUAGCAAAAGUGAAAUGUGGAAAUUAAGUAUAAGGAAUUCAAUUAAUGUUUUAAUGUUCAACAUUUUUUAUGUCCUUUAAGAGGGUGGAAAAAGCAUUAAUUAAAAGGAGCUAUUUUUUAUGUGAAAGAAUUUUAAGUUAUAACAUAAACUAUUUUGGUUAUUAAAUUGAGUGUACUUUUGUGUAUUUUUUAUCUGCAAACCUAUUAAUUUAUUGCUACACCCAUCCCUCCCUUUUGACUGUCCAUUAGCCAUUCAUUACAAGCACAAACAUGGUUGAUUCUGAAACACCAAAUAUUUGGUGGUUGAUAACAAACAUCAAAUAUUCUAUUAAUAUCAAAAAAAUACAUCCUAUUUUGAUGAGGAUUCUGUAUUCUCUUUUGGAAUAAGCAGUGCCACAUACCAGGUGUUCGUUGCUGUUUAUAGAGUAAAGAUCCCUAAGUAUAAGAAUUAUUAGUUACAACUAUAAACGUCAGGAAACAUACUCCAUUCCUUAGUCAUUGUCCUGAGGGUCUAGGAUGAGAA